GAAUCGAUAAUAGACGGGUCAUGUUGUGCAUACAACCUUGGGCAGUUACAUAAAUUAUUUACGUUUAUGUACUCCAAUUAUAUAGCGAUCAUGACAAAAUGGAGGUCUUCUUUAACGGCUGUUGAAAAUUGACUUCAUAAAAUGGAAAAUAAAUCCAUGUAAUGAUCACUUGUAAAUUUGAGUUGCACUUAACUUUGAAUAUGUGUUUAAGAUUUGUGUUUUUUGUUGUGGUUACUGGAGUUGCUACAGCACACCAAGCCACAAGUUGUUACGAAUCAGAUUCAGACCUAUGUGAUGCAGAGAUGCCUGUUAUUCCAUAUCUGGCGUCUAGAGAUCCAACAGUUUUAAUAACCAACGCAACGUCUAAUUGGACAUUCUGUGAUGUUUUCGCAAUAAAUAUAACUACUUGGUAUAAGAGUAUAUACCCAAUGAGUACAACUUGUCCUUCUAUGUACAGUUGUGGAACAAAGUUUCCUAUCUGGAUGAAUGGUCGAAAUCCAGAUACAUAUGAAGGGCUGGUAAAUCGGACAUCUUGUUUAGAAUGGUAUGAUAACUGUUGCCUACAUACUUACAAUUUCACCGUUGUCAACUGUGGAUAUUUCUUCGGUUACUGUUUUGAUGAGCCACCAACAAGUUGCCAUCAGAGAUACUGCUUCGAUGCGAAGAAAUCCGGACCAGUCACUAACAUAAACUACACGCCAACACUUUCAAAUGCGUCAAGCCAGACAUCUUCAGCCAGCCCUGGAUUACAUGUCAGUACAGUCGGAACUGACACGUCAAGUACCUCUCUACAAAGUACUGAUCAAAUCACAAGUCAUACGACAACUGGGCGGGAAAACGUAGCAGGGACAAAGAUUGGUGAAGAUAACUCAAUGACUGCUUUAUUGCUAGUAUGUUUGGGUCUUGUGACUGCAGUAAUUCUAGUAUUGGUUACAGUUAUAAUUCGUCGUAAGCGAUUGUCAAAAGCGUCAGAUCGAGUCGACGACAACCAAGAAUCAAUAGAGCCUGUUAGAAGACAUAUAAACGAAUGUGACUACGACACCGCGAACAGUAGUAACAGUUGCUGAAAGUGACUAUGGGACAAAUAAUACAACAGUGAAAAAGCUGUAUUAAGACCAUAUUCUACCAAAAAAUCUUAUCUUCAGUUUUUUUAAUUCAAAAUGUAUAAAGUCCUUUAAGUUAUGAAAAUUUCAUGUAUUUAACUUAAAGUUUACUAAAUAUAUAAAUCAAGUUUGCAUACAUAAUUUAAUGUUAUAUAGUAACGGUUGAGUGUUAAAACACAGCCAGUUCUUUUUCUUCGUAGUACACGUUUAUACUCUGUUUUAUUUUUAACCUAAUGCAAAGUACUAUUAAUAACAUAAACUUAUUUAUUUUAUGUUUACAUAAACUAUAUAAAGUAAUUGUUCAUGCUUUGAAAUAUGAAACUUUGAUCUAAAAUAGCUUUAAAAUAUCAGUGUUUUAUACAUUAUGUAAACCAUUCGUUACAUAAACUAAGGUUUUUUAUAUUUCUGUCACUUUAGAUGUUUAAUUCUGUUUCGACAAAUGUGUGUUUCUGUGUUUAAAACCUCUCAAAGUCAACAGCCGAGUGUCAUAAAUUACAUAGUUUAACUCUUAACCUGCCAAAUUUCUAGAAUGGACUGGUCCAUUAGACACGUUGGGAAAUACCAUUUCUUAUUCGAAGAGGUGUUUAUUGAAAAUGCACUGACUGAAUAGCGAACAGUGCAGACCAUGAUCAGCCUGCACUGGUCGCAAAGGCAGAAUCACUUGCCGCCAGCAGGCUAAAGUUCAAGGACAGUAAGGACAAGAAUGUCGCAUGUUUUACUUUUAGCGAUUAAAUAUUUUUACAAUAAGAAAACUAUGGUUAUUCCAUAGUUUAAUAUAGUUAAAACAUUUUAGGAAAUAUUGUAUUUGCAUACUUUUUCAACGUAGAAUGUAUUAGAUAUUAUAACGUGUUAUAUAAUAGUGUAUUUUGCAUUAAAUUAUAUCUAUCAUCAUUG